AUGAAAAAGAGCUCGGCCGUAUCUGCGCGCAGCAAGUCGGGAGUGUUCCCGAGCCCUGGUACUCCGAAUUACCGCCAUGAUGACGGAGCAACAGGGUACCAGAAGGGGUGGAGUUCUGAGCGAGUCCCCCUGCCUGCCAAAUCUGGCCGGAGAUAUGUUAGUACUUCGGCAUUGUUGCCAUUCAACAACGGACGAACAUUGCCGUCAAAAUGGGAGGACGCAGAGAAGUGGAUCUUCAGUCCAGUUUCCGGUAUUGAUCGUCCUGCGGGCCUCCCACCUCACCAUCGGCGACCGAAGUCAAAAAGCGGGCCACUUGCCACGCCCUUCGAGAUGGGCUAUUCCUACUCAUCGGCUUCACCACCCAUGUCAAUGUUUGAUGGGGGAAGAAUCCGAAAUUUUCCCGAUAAUUCUCCUUUUCUGACGGGUGUUCUGAUGACAGAACGUGGGUGUUGUGGCAGUGUUAGCAGUGGUGGGGGAAGCGGCAGUGAAGGAGUAAGAAUAUCAGUGACGGGGGGAGGAAAGGGGUCGUAUUGUGCACAUGCAGAUGAGGGAGUAGUCAGGCCCGCAAGUGUCCCUGGGUGUUCUGAUCUGCUACUUCAGUCAUCUUUCUCUCUGCCCGGUUUUGGAGGUAUGAUGUUCCUUUUUCUGCAUUAUGAUUGGCUGAUUUCUGGAUGGUAAUGUUUUUAUUUUUUGCUCAAUUGAUUCCUGUAAUGUACACAGCUCAAUCUGGUCUCACUUUUCCAAGCAUUUGCACGAGUUUUAUCGUUGAAUAAAUAGAAUGGAAUGUAUUCCUCAAUCCAAAAUGUGUGAAUACAACAGUCGAAGUUCUCAAGAUGGUUACUCUUUCUUUUCAUUUUGCAGAACUAAAUAUUUAGUAAUUUCGUGAUAGUGUUUAACCCAAGUUGGUGAACAAAUAGAGGAUCUAUCACCAAUUCCAGAAAAGAGAGCGUCAUAAACUUCAGUGGAUGCUUUUUAGAAGUUUUUAUGUGCAAGAAGUCCACUGGAAUAACAGUAAACCAUCAAAGUUAUGAAUCGUGUGUGGCUGCUCUACUGUGGACCUUCUAAUCUAUUGAGAAAAAUCACUCAUCAUAAUUCAAAUACAAGUUCCCAAUUGGCAUAAUAUCAGAAAAAGAAUGUCUGAGAGAAGGAAUAUGUAGAAAAUUCGCUGCGACAGGGACAGUGGGAGCCUAGAUGAGGUUUAAUCAUUUAAUUAUGAUUCCCUUCUUCCAGAUAAUCUAAUUUAUCUUUUCCAAAUGCACGAUUGGCUUGAAGCUUAUGGGCUGAAACUUUGGAGCAUAAAGAAAACCACAGCCAAGAGAACUGAAUUUUGGUACUCAUGGCAUCAUCUGUUGCCAUUCUUAAUUGGCUCCAUCGUGAUGUAGAACUUGGUGGUGUAGCUGAGAUACAUCUAGGAAGACCGCAGUAAAUGACGAGCUACUUCAAAUACAUCUAUGCUAUUAUCUUUGACCAGCUUAUUGUCAAUGGAGUCCCCCUCGCUGGUAGUGUCUGAGAUGGAAGCAUGCUAGAUGGAUAUGUCAACAUGAAAUAUUCAAAUUUUCAAAUGUAUCUACACGGACAUUUUUUUCAGUCCAGGUGACGAAAGACAUGGCCUUUCAUUCUUCCAUCCGAGUAAAAUACCAUAUUCUUGGUGUUUUCCGAGUUAUUCUGCGCCAUGAACCUUUCAUUUCAACCUUGAUAGAUACUUCCAUGUGCUUGAUUCUACGUUAGGUAACAGUGUGAAAGACAUUAUUAUAAAUUAAUUCAUACCGGAUACAUUCUAAGAAGUGGCCGCUGAUCAUUCUUCAACUCUUGGUUAUUCCAGUAUAAAAUUACACAUCACUGGCACAGGGUAUCAUUCAAAAUCAUCAACUGGUGACUAGUAACUGUUUAAGCAGAAAAACCUUCUAAGCACUCGUUGCUGACUCAUCGUUCACAUUCAGACCAUUGCUACUUCCCCUAUUCUUGGAAAUUUAGUUCACAUAGGACAAGUAGAGCUUUGCUGAUUCGUAUGAUCUUUGCGUUACUUAUUUGGGACUCGGAGGAUAUUUCACUAUCUUGUAGGUUAUUUACUGUAGAUGGCGAGGAUUGUUUUGUUUCAACUUUUUCUCUUUUCUCAUCAUCGGGAACUCAAAGGAAGUACAGCUUUUCUCGAUUAUCUUCUUUGUUCUAACAUUAUUCCUUGACUGAUAGAAACUCGGGUUUCCACUGUACUGACGAAAGGAGGCUUCUAGCCUUCUGUAAAAUUCCUUGACCUACAGUGAUCUUUGUUUUGCUUCUAGAAUUUCAACAAAUGCGUCGUCUAGAUGGCAACAAUUGGGCUAAUAUCUAUUAAUCAUAACAUUAAAAUAAUGGUGUGAAACCCACCUCUUUAUAUUUUUGUGAAGAGUUUUAUCCUUCUUCUGCUACCGUUAUUUUAUCACAUUUUUCUUGUUUUCUUAUUUUUCAACUAUGCUCAGCUGUUGUUGUCUUGUUGAAGUGUCUCAUUUACCACCGAUCUUGAAAAGGAAAGUGGGCUCAACCCUCUUGUCCUCAACUACCGCUGCCUGAUAAUCCAUAAAUUGGCUGACAGGACGAUAAUGCCCCAAGACAUGCUGAUCUCCCUGUUUUUUUGUCUAAUUUAGCAUAAUUUUAUGAUUUAUGAAGAGAAAAAAAAAUCGCUUUUAGCUGAAUAUGAAUACCUACUGUACACGCUGGUGAAGAUACAUGCGUAGAAUCCGAUCAAUUGUGAUGGCUGACAUUUGACUGCCUCCUGAACAACAAGGAUACGGAUGGGUGUGAGAUAUGGGACUACUUAAUGAGGAGGGUGGCCUAGGUGAAAUAAUUAUACUCUUAAGAGGUCCUGUUCACGGGGUAUUGGAAACUGUUAUAUCCAGACCAGCCAUGCCUGUAAUGACGCCGCAUCAUCAUUCGUAGGUUGUUCAUAUUUUUGGAAAGGGCCACUGGCAGAUGAUUGGCUUAUUGGGAUGUCUUGUUAUUGAAGUUGCCUUAUUUUGAAAUUGUCUUGCAUAUGCUCAUUCCUUGCCAACUAGGGCACAUGAGGCCUUUAUUACUAAUUAUGGGAUUAAAUAUGCAGAUCAAAAGGCUGACGGUACCAUGGAUUCACCUGUGAUCCUGAGAAAGGAUGUGGCUACUCAGAUGAGCCCUGAGGACAGCCCUCGAUCUUCUCCCAAGGAGAGGCUUCACUUCUCUCCCUCACCAGCGUCAUCCCCUGUGCUCGAGGAGAUGCAAAGCCAUUUCUCAAAGCUAGAGGUCAGAGAUGUUCAAGUAGAUGAUAGGGUGACUGUGACAAGAUGGACAAAGAAGAACAUUUCACGUGGGUCAGAUAAAGGCUCGGCAAAUGUCGUAGAGUGGAAGAAGAAGACAGCGGAGUCCAGAGAUUCAUCUUGGGAAGUCUCAGAGACGGCAAAAUCUAUAUCCAAGUAAGCAUAGCUUCAAUGUCUGCGUUUCCAAUUGACCACUUUAGCGAUUCACCCAGAGGUGUUACACCUUCCAGCUGAGGAACAGCCGACCUCGCAUUUGUCCUGGUUUUACAGUUGAAAUAUUUCCAUAUUUGUUUCUUCAGGACUGUAGAAAUUCAGGGUAUGAUCGCAAGGUGAUUGUGAGUGGCGUCCUAAUCUCCAACAAUAUUGCGAAUCAAACCAUUCUCUCAGACCUCCGCUCUCCUCACCUCAGUUGGGUUCUAAACUUGAGCUCUCUUCGGACUUCAUACACUUCGUGAUCUUUGCAGGAUUAGGAGAGAGGAGGCGAAGAUCACGGCCUGGGAAAACUUGCAGAAAGCAAAGGCUGAGGCAGCCAUAAGAAAGCUGGAGGUUUGCAUCUGAUCAGAAAAAAACAAAAUUCUUCUUUUAAAAUUAUGUAAAUAUAUUUAUUUAAAAUAAAAAAAAUUCAAACCCAUGGAUGCUUCAUUGGUUCUAGCCGGUUCCAUGUUUGUGUGAAAGAGGUUCUAUCUCAUGUCUACGAUCUCUGCGCUUUCUUCUGUCCAGAUGAAGCUCGAGAAGAAGAGAUCCUCCUCCAUGGACAAGAUCUUGAAAAAGUUGAAGUCGGCUCAAGGAAAAGCCCAUGAUAUGAGGAACGCUGCCGCUUCCAGCCAGGCUAAUCAGGCUGCGAGACCAUCAAAAAUGGUCUCGUCCUUCCGCAAGGCUGGCCAGAUGAACCCUCUGAGAGCCUGCUUCACUUGCCACGUUUUCUAG